CGAGAGAUAUCCAGUGGCCACUGGCCAGAGGCCACCGCCAAUCUCCUCACUGAGCUCCACGCCACUACCCUUCGCCCCCAGCCAUGAUCAUCACCACCGCCGCCUUCCCGUCCGUCUCCUCCUUCCACCGCCCGCGCCUCAGGCCCUGCCCGCGCCGCGCCGUCCUCCACCUCGUCCGGUCGGCCGCCUCCUCCUCCCCCUCGUCGUCGUCCUCGUGGGAGGAGCGCGAGGAAGCGCGGUGGCUCCGCGAGGAGCAGCGCUGGCUGCGGGAGGAGCAGCGGUGGCUCCGCGAGGAGUCGCGCUGGCGCACCGAGCGCGAGGCCCUCCUCUCCGAGAUCACGGCGCUCCGCCUGCGCCUCCGCGCGCUCGAGCCUGCCGCCGCGCCCGUGCCUCCUCCCGCACCGGCGGCUGCGCGCGUCUCUCCGCCUCCGCCUCCCCCCGCACCGGCUGCGCGCGUUGCUCCACCUCCGCCUCCUCCCGCGCCUGCGGCACGCGUGGCGCCACCUCCGCCGCCCGUGCCGGCGCCGGUGAAGGAGGUCGAGGUGAGGAAGGAGGUGGUGGUGGUCGAGGAGAAGGCCAAGGCGAAGCCGAAGCCGAAGGCGGGGGCCAGCAGCGGCAAGAAGCGGGCGCUGAGGGUCGGGAGCGAAGGGGAGGAAGUGCGGGCGAUGCAGGAAGCCUUGGAAAAGCUUGGAUUUUACUCCGGCGAAGAGGACACGGAGUUCUCCAGCUUCUCGACCGGCACCGAACGAGCCAUCAAGACAUGGCAGGCAUCGAUAGGGACUACAGAGGAUGGGCUGAUGACGUCGGAGCUACUCGAGAUGCUAUUCACAGGACGGACCCAGGACGAUCUCAAAAAGGAAGGCGUAAACGGAGCGCUUGUUCCACCUGUAACAGAAACCGCAGAGCUUCAGCAACCUGUGGAGGAAAAAAUUGACUACAACAAGCACAGAGUGUACCUUCUCGGCGAAAACAGGUGGGAAGAUCCGUCCAGGCUGACCAAGAAGGAUAAGCCGAUCAGCGGUUCUACUGCCGCGUCGACAAAGCAGUGCAUCACCUGCCGGGGCGAAGGCCGCCUCCUGUGCCUAGAAUGCGAUGGAACAGGUGAGCCCAACAUUGAACCACAGUUCUUGGAGUGGGUUGGCGAAGACACAAAGUGCCCAUACUGUGAAGGCCUUGGCUACACAAUAUGCGAUGUUUGUCAAGGGAUUAAAACAGCGCACAGUUGAGCAAAAGACUUAUGAGCAACAUUCAGCCUUAGUUGAACGUCUAUAGCAGCUUAUAUAUAUGUUAACUAACUAUUCCAGUUUUGUCGCAAUAUGUUUUCAGUAAUAUAAUCACAUUGUCAUACUACAUUAUGAAAAUAGAUGCAUAGAGACAUAGGUAAUACCUUUUGUUAUGUACAAUAGAAGAUGGGGAAAAUAACGAAUGAAGCGAUUGCUUUGUCAAUCAAGCUUAUACAA